AUGAUCAUUAAUAAAAUAAUCAAAUUUUUUAUCCCUCUUUUGACAAAUAAAAAAUUUUAUCUUCUUUAAUAUUAGAAAAGUUACAAACCAUUUUUUAAAAAAUAUUUCAAACAGUAUUUUUUUGNACCUAAAGCAAGAUUAAUCUGUCCAUAAGAUUAUUUAAUUACUACACUCCCUGAAGCAUAUGAUCCUGCUAAUCAAGAUCAUGUUUCUAUUGUUACUGAUAAUAUUACACCUUUUGUACCUGAAGGCAACAUUUUAUUAGAUGAAGGUAAAAUAUUAUUGGAUUAUGGACCUAAAACUAUAGAUAUUGUUAAAGAUGAAAUCUAAAAUGCAUAAAGAUUAUUUUGGAUUGAUGAUGCCAAUCUUGCAUUAUAUAAUAUUUAAAAAUAAAUUACUGUCCCUGAUUUUGAAGCUAUUGCUUUACUUAAAAAAUUAAGAGAAGAAGAAGCACAAAAAGAAAGAGAAAGAUUAGAAAAAUUAAAAGAAAAAAAAGGUGGAAAAGCUAAUAAAAAAGGUCUCAAAGAAGAACCACCUAAAGAACCCAUUAAUAGUAAUCUUUUUAUCUUAUUCAUUUUCUAGUUAAAACAACUAAAGAAAUUAAUGUUCCUGUCUUUAAUCUCACUAAUAAAGAGCUUGGACACUUUAUCUAUGAAAUUAAUCAAGAUAAAAAAGAUAGACAUUAACAUGCUCAAAAAUAAGGACAUUUAAUAUCUUAUGAUUUUAAUUAAGAUUGUGUUAUUACUAUUAUUGGUGAAAAAUUAGAAAAAGUACUCAAUUAAGAAGAUUUUCAAAAUAUUGGCAAUUAAGAAGAAAUUGAAUAAGCUCCUGAACCUAGUUAAAAAGGUUCCUAAUUCCCAUAGAGUGAAGCAGGAGAAGAUUAAAAAGAAUAAGAAGACGAAUAAAUUGAAGAAGAAAAAGUUAAAAUCAAUCAAGUUAUAUUAUUUUAUUUUAUCAUUAGGUAAAAUAAUUAUUAGCCGAUUUCUUUAUAUAAGAUCAGGAUUUCACUCUUUCAUUUCUUGCUGGAAAUCUUAUUCAUAUCUAAACACUUGAUGAAUAUCCACCUAAACCAGAAUCAGAAAUUAAUGAAGAGUAAUAUUUUGAAGAAGAUAGUACUCCUUGA